GCUCGCACUCUCAUGCUCUCUCCAUCUUAGCGCUCAUCCCGCUGCUGCCUGCGCUUCUCUGUCUCUCUCACUCUCUCUCUAGCUUUCUCUCACCCCCCCACCCCACCCCCUUUUUACCUCUCCUGUCGAUCUGUCCCUCCCCCUUCACUCUCUCUCUUUCCCUCUCUCUCUCUCUGUCUCUCACACACACAUCCACUCAGACACACUCUUUCUCUCUCUCUCCCACUCAUAUAUACAUAAACACACGCGCAUACACAACACACAUGCUCAGGCACACACACGCCCACUCAAUCCAUCAGAGUCCAACAUACCUGUGCAGGCUGGGGGGAAGCGGUGCUGGAGGGGGUUUUCGGCAGCGUUGUCUCUGAGGGUGCUUUGCUAUCAUUUGGGGAAGAAGCGGGUCUCAAUUGUUUUCUCUUUCCUCUUCCUCUCAUUCCUGGAAUGCUAAAACUGGACUGAUGGACAUUUCAGAACUUUGUCUUCCAGACCCUCUCAGCUAUCAUAACCAGGCUUUGUUGUCCAAUUCAUUAGAGAGAUUCCUGAGUCCACUGGCCACGCUGGAGCCCUCUCAUUUCUGGCUGCUGAAUAGAAUGGCCGCUGAUGACCGGCAUCUACCCUCCAGCUGUGGGUCCUACAUCAAGACGGAGCCAUCCAGUCCUUCCUCGGUCAUCGACACGGUCAGCCACCACAGCCCCAGCGGCAACUCGGACGCCAGCGGCGGCUAUGUCAGCGCCAUGAACAGCCACUCGAACGGCCUGGACUCUCCUCCUAUGUUCACCCCCAGCGGGCUUGGGGCUGGCACCUGCCGCAAGCGCUAUGACGACUGCUCCAGCACCAUCAUGGAGGACUCGUCCAUAAAGUGCGAAUACAUGUUGAACUCCCUCCCCAAGAGGCUGUGCCUGGUCUGUGGAGAUAUAGCCUCGGGGUAUCACUAUGGGGUAGCCUCUUGUGAGGCCUGCAAAGCCUUUUUUAAAAGGACAAUACAAGGUAACAUAGAAUACAGCUGUCCUGCCACAAAUGAAUGUGAGAUCACAAAACGGAGACGCAAAUCAUGUCAGGCUUGUCGCUUCAUGAAAUGCCUCAAAGUGGGGAUGCUCAAAGAAGGUAAGAAGAGGGUUCGUCUGGACCGUGUGCGAGGGGGCAGACAGAAGUACAAGCGGAGGUUGGACACAGAAAACAAUCCGUACCUGGGCCUGACGCUCCCUCCUCCCACCAAAAAGCCUCUCACAAAGAUAGUGUCUCACCUGUUGGUGGCAGAGCCAGAGAAGAUCUAUGCCAUGCCUGACCCCACCAUGCCGGAGAGUGACAUCAAGGCUCUGACCACGCUCUGUGACCUGGCUGACCGCGAGCUGGUGGUCAUAAUCGGCUGGGCUAAACACAUCCCAGGCUUUUCCACUCUCUCUCUGGGAGACCAGAUGAGUCUGCUGCAGAGCGCCUGGAUGGAGAUCCUGAUCCUCAGCAUCGUGUUCCGCUCGUUGCCGUACGAAGACGAGCUGGUGUACGCCGAGGACUACAUCAUGGAUGAGGAGCACUCGCGGUUGACGGGCCUGCUCGACCUCUACGUGUCCAUCCUGCAGCUGGUCCGCAAAUACAAGAAGCUCAAAGUGGAGAAGGAGGAGUUUGUAACCCUCAAAGCCAUUGCUCUCGCCAACUCAGACUCCAUGCACAUAGAGGACAUGGAGGCAGUCCAGAAGCUUCAGGACGCGCUCCACGAGGCCCUGCAGGACUACGAGAGCAGCCAGCAUCAGGAGGACCCACGACGGGCUGGCAAACUGCUCAUGACCCUGCCCCUGCUGAGGCAGACGGCCACAAAGGCUGUGCAGCACUUUUACAGCAUCAAAGUGCAGGGCAAGGUGCCCAUGCACAAACUCUUCCUGGAGAUGCUGGAAGCCAAGGUCUGAUCGGAGGGUGGCUGAUUGGCCGCGGCAACAGAAAGUGACUUGAACCAAGGCUGAGGGUUCUCAGGAGAGAGGGAGACACCCCUGCUGAGUCUGCUAGGCAGGACGGAGACUGACCUCUCUCACUCCUCCUCUUCCUGGAACCCCAGGACACAAAAUGAAAAAAAAAAUGAAAAAAAAAGAGCAAAUGCAAAACUUGGUUAUUAGUAUAAAUAUAAAAUGAUGCAGAUUAAUUUAAAAUAUAUAAGAAAUACUAUGUACAGUAAUAAUUUUGGGGGUUUUCUUUUUUGUUAAUUAACUGUCAGUUGUCAUGCUGUAUAUGAAGAAGGACCCUUCUGCCGCUCGGCGUCUUCAGAAUAAGUAGUUGCCAGAUCUUGAUAACAAGACUUUUUUUUUUUUUUUCAGAAAAUUUAAAGUUCCAAAAAAAUAAAAAAAAUGUUCUGAAGACAGCGGAGGUGUCAACCAUCAUAAACACACCUACUUGUCUAACAGCUGAUUUUCUUUUUUGUGGUCUGGACAUGUAAAUAUUUAUUAUUUGAAAGACUGAGUGUACAGUUCAAAGUCUGGUGAACUUGGUGGCCAUUUUCUCUUGUUCUUCUUCUAAUGGGGGGGAAAAAAGAAUGAAAGUGGUUACUUAUAUGUGAACUCUUAUCAGUUUAAAUGUCCUUGGAUAUACCUCUCUAGAGCAUUAUGCCGUGUGAUCGUCGUGGAUCUUUGCUCAGACUGGAAGACUCGCUGGUCCCAUGUUUAACCAAACUAGCGUAGACAGGUACAAUAGUCAGUUGUUCCUAUUCUGUAGUAACUCAGCAAUAAAGCGAGCCGUUGGGGAGCCAAGCUUCAGAUCCUAGUGCUGCUGUUACUAAAAGACCAUAUUUCCAUAGCCCCGUCUCACCGGUGGGACACGCCGCUGUACCUCCGUUUCCCACCGUUUCUCCUUCUCCAAAGCGGUUUGUGUUGCUGCUGCUCGUGCAAGCCAAUGAACUCCAGACUGAACCUCAGAUUUGGUCAUUGUUUGAGCCUUUGGAAAUUGCCUCUUUACAUGCAAAUGGAUGACCUGAUUCAGGCUAGGCGAAAGUUAAUCAGCGGGUUUUGGUGUGGCAGUAUCAAAGGAUUUAUGCCGAGUGGCAGAAGUCCAGGAGAUUCCGUGUUCAAACAAUCAGAGGCCCAUAUGUCAACCACUCUAUUUUGGUCUCCUUUAAGCCUGUGGCAGAGUCAUCCCACACACUGGGAGCAAGGUGCCCAGCAUCUGCUCUCACCAUUUUAGACGGCUCCCGUCUUUUAAUAGCUGCGCCUGCAUUUAUAGGACUUCGACGAAACAGAGGUAAAUGGCAGGUGCAGAGCCGCGGUUGUGGCGUUUCACACUGGGUUUAUUUUUAAGCCAGCAGGAGGUUGUUGUGUGCGCGGCGUCGCACCACGAUAGACACGUGGAGCACUUCUUCUUGACCUCGCGUUGACACCACGGCCAGCAGCACCCCUCCCACCAGCCGAGAGGCAGGUAGACGUCUGUGAGAAAGAGUAUGUACAUGUGAAUAGCUAUGCAAGAAAUAGAGGGUCAGUAUGCUACAACGGGUAGCAGCAACCCAUCAGUGUGUCAGUGCAAGGUGUGAACUCUGGUGGGAGACAGAUCCCCCACUGUGUUUAGCUGUAGGUCCAUUGUGCUGGGUGUGAGUAGCACUGUAGUCCAGUCCACUGGAGUCAUGCCACUGGUCUUCGUGAGAGAGGGAACGUGUUGAAGGAGGAAUGCUUAGACUGCUGAAGGAUUUUAUGUGAUGUGAUAAAUUGUGGCGCUGUCACAACAAUAUGAUACCGCGAUCAAAGGAAUCCCUGACAUCGCAGGAGGGUAGAGUUGCCGCCACGCUUGUCAUAUCAGUGGCUAACACCGCUUCAGCCGCCGCCAUGCCUUUUUUAAAGCAGCAGUCUGAUUGGUGCAUCCGAGGUUGACCGCCCACUCCCUCUCCAAAUUUUCCCGCUCAAUUCCAAAACCUGAGCUAGCCGCCAUCGAGUAAACGAGCUCCGCUGUAAAGGGUGACAUUACCAACUUGACUUCUUUUAACUGUUGUGCAAUACAACAGGGACCAAUUCUGACUGAAACCAUGCUAAAAGCAUGCUUUUACUUAGAUUUUGGAGAAUUUGUAAGCGAUUAAGUGACAUAUUCUAAAUCCGUCUAAUAAGUAACAUGUAUCCUGUAUAUCAGAACUUUAUUUGAUUUGCUCCACUGAUGACUUUUGUGCUUGUUUCAGUGAAAACGCGGCAUUAAUGAAAGCAUCUGCAGAAAAUCUCAACAAAUAGAAAUUUGUAGUGGCCUAAGAUGAUCAGCCAUAAGAAAGUCGAUUUGAUUUUUUUUCUUCACCUUGCAAUAUGACACUAUGUUAAGGAAAAGACAACAUGUCUUACAUUAGAAGCUGUGUCUAAGUGUGUAAAUAUAUCAGCGUCAAUACAGUAGGUUGCCGAAAUACCACUUAAAAAAAAAAGAAGUAUGCAGCGCCCUGCUGACUACUACCUCAUUAUCAUUUUGUCAAUAUUUCUCUGAUUCAGCACUUUCUGGUCUUUAUCAUCCUCACGUCUGUGACACACCUGAGCCAUCCAUGUUUUUAUCAAAGACUUCUUCUCUCCCGCAGUGCUCCUGCCAAAACAUUUGUAGUUGUACAUCUCCUCCUCCCCGUCAUUCUUCAUAGAUCUCUUUGUAAAGGUAAAGCAUGCGUUCACAUCGACCAUACAACUUGGCCGUCAGUGGGCAUGACGCCCACGUUUUGGUUACUAAGCAAGUGUGUGUUUAUAUGAACAUCAGUUUGUCAGAAUUGGUCCCUCGAUGAUGAAACUGCAGACAGGGGCAGGUGACUGAUUUGCUGCCUCUGCGCUGUGAGUAUUUAUGAUGUGAAAUAUAUCAUUUGGCAAUGGUGUACAUUGAUAUCUCUGAUCGUUGAAAUCACCAAUAUCUGUGUAACUUUUAUGUUUUGAUUUUCAAAAAGGUAAAGGAUCAAUGAAUUAAAUACUCACUGAACUCUGUGAUUA